UCUUAGUUAGUUAAGGUGGUUAAGAUACGAAUAAGACGCGUAUUAGCCGCCGCCACGCUUUGCAUCAUUAUAUAAACUCAAGCUCCCCUCUUUUUUUAAUUAUGCUUAAUCUCAACCUUCUUUCUUCUUCUUCUUCUUCUUUGAAACCCUAAUAUCCCGCGCGCGAAUAAUCUUAAUGGCGAGUUUGUAUGUCUGCCGUGUGUGUGCCGGUCAUAUUGGUCAUCCAGGUGACUUCGAAUAUUGCUAUACGCUCAAAGGGAUCACCGGCGGCGUCUUCCAGAAUCUAACCAACUUUCAUCUGGAUGACGAUCCUCGUAUGGAUUAUCAGACAAUUGGAGAUCACAAAGUUACAAAUGUUCACUGCAAUACCUGCAACUCUCUUUUGGGCUUCAAAUUCAUUGAAGUCCCGAUCUAUGAGGGUGGACCGUGUAAAGAGGAUUUCCUUAUUCCUUUGAAUACUCUGUUCAUGUAUGACGGCCACCAUUUCCUUGAUGCUCAAACUGAAGACCUAAUAAUAGGAUAGCUGCAGAUACAACUGAUUUCCGACCCAUCAGCUUCGCCAAAUUACUAGUUAACCAAUUAUGAUUCGUUUCAUCAUUAGUUAAAAUAUAUAAAUAAUCUCUCUGUAAAUAAAUAAAUACAACAGCUUCCAUUUCCAUUAAUUAUUUGAUCCCAUCAUCAAUCAUCAU